GAACCACAAAGAAUGAAAAACGAGAAAGGAUGGCCGGUGGAUCUAUCUACCGCGUUCAUUUUUGACGACGCUUUUUUGUUCUCUUAUUGCAGGAGCAUGAAUAUAUCAAGGCGCGGGUUUGUUUUACGAGCUUAGACCGACAUACACGUGAAAUGAAAGCCCACUGACCCAUCAACCCCAUCUUCUGCAAUUCUGUGGAGAGCCUGUCUUGUCUUCUCACGGAGAGAGAGAGAGAGAGAGAGGGAGGGAAGGAGGGAGGGAGAUGAGUUCUGAAGCAAGAGAUAAGCCUCAUGCAGUGGUCAUUCCCUACCCAGCACAGGGUCACAUAAACCCUAUCAUGAAGCUCGCCAAGAUCCUCCACCACCGAGGCUUUCACAUAACGUUCGUGCACACCGAGUACAACCACAAGCGCUUGCUCAAGUCCAGAGGCCUGAGCUCUCUCGAUGGCUCGCCUAGGUUUCGCUUCGAAACCAUCCCCGAUGGCCUCCCACAGAGUGAUUCCGAUGAGGAUGUCACUCAGCACAUCCCUUCUCUCUGUGAGUCCACUUCCAAGAAUUGCUUGGCUCCUUUCAUGGACCUCCUCGGGAGGCUCAAUGAUAAGUCUGUCGAUGAUACUGAGGUUCCGAAGGUGAGCUGUGUGAUAGCGGACGGCGGCAUGUCCUUUGCACUUGAUGCUGCAGAGAAGCUUGGAGUGCCUGGUGUGCUGUUUUGGACUCCCAGUGCUUGUGGGGCUUUGGUGUAUACUCAGUACCAUAUGCUCCGCGAAAAGGGGCUAUUCCCCCUUAAAGAUGCAAGUUAUCUAACGAAUGGAUUCCUAGACACCACCAUAGACUGGAUUCCUGGUAUGAAAAAAAUUCGUCUGCGAGAUCUUCCCAGCUUCAUCAGGACAAAAGAUGGUAACGACAUCAUGGUCAACUACACCAUACGACAGAUCGAAAGAACAAACAAAGCCUCAGCAGUCAUCCUCAACACGUUCGACUGCUUAGAAAAGGAUGUUCUAAUGGCUUUCUCUUCCAUAUUUCUAAAUCUUUACACAAUUGGUCCGAUUCACUUACUUCUCAAUAAAAUCGAAGAUGACAACUCGUGUCGCAUAGGCUCAAAUUUGUGGAAAGAAGAUUUCGCUUGUUUGGGGUGGCUGGAUUCAAAAGAACCGAAUUCGGUGUUGUUUAUAAAUUUUGGGAGCAUUGCCGUGGUAACGUCGGAGCAACUCAUCGAGUUUUCAUGGGGACUGGCUAACAGCCAAAAACCCUUUUUGUGGAUAAUAAGGCCCGACCUCGUCGCUGGUGACAAGGUGGUUUUGCCCUCAGAGUUCCUAGCGGAAACGAAGGACAGAGGAAUGUUGGCGGGUUGGUGCCCGCAAGAGCGAGUGUUGAGGCAUCCUUCGGUCGGGGGAUUCUUGACGCAUUGCGGGUGGAAUUCGAUGCUGGAGAGCAUCUGCGGCGGAGUGCCGGUCCUGUGUUGCCCGUUCUUUGCAGAGCAGCAGACGAACUGCUUUUAUAGCAAGAACGAAUGGGGAAUCGGGAUGGAGAUCGAUAACAGUGUGAGAAGAGAGGAGGUCGAGAAGCUUGUGAGGGAGUUGAUGGAUGGAGAGAAGGGCAAGGCGAUGAAGAAGAAGGCCGUGGAGUGGAAGAGGAAGGCCGAGGAAGCCACUGAGCUUGGUGGGUCUUCUUAUGAAAACUUGGAGACGCUUUUGUCCCAUGUUCUUGUGAAGAAGUUGAACGGGUGAAAUCGAAGAUGAUCCUAUGUCAACAUAAGCACAUGCUCUUAUAAAUUUAGCUAGUGGCUUUUUGACGGGUAUAUUACACCUGUUUUGUAAUAAUCAGUGCACUCCAUGCAAUGGCGACACCUCCGACUCUCUUCCUCCCGCACGAGACAAAGAUGGACGAGGGGAUGUAAUCGACUACACGAUUUGUCUGUACUUUCAUGUCCAUCAUCUAAACUCAGAUGGGCGGUCAAAUUUUUAAGUUAAAACUACUAGUUGUGGUGGGA